AAUUUCAGUUGUAGAUUAUCAGCGAAGUGGUGAGGCCAAUAAUGUCGCACAUCACUCUUUUGUAUUUACUCGCGAUCGCGACCGGAUGUGAAGUCAUAUCUGCUUGUCAACUGGAUAUUCUAAGUCCUGCUCCCUUAUUUGCGCAAAAUUUUGGUUCAAAAAAAGUUAUUUUCAAAGCACAAGCAUCUGCGAUACAUCUAGACAUCGGAGAAUCGGUUACCGCAUACUGCAGUUCGGGAUUAGUUUAUAAGAAACGUGAUGAGCGAUAUGGCUACGAUAGUAAAAUCGACCAGGUUUUGUCCUCAAACACCGCAGAAUUCAAUUGUGACGAGAAUAACCAAAUUGGUAUAAAAGGAAUUCUCAGCGCAUUUAGUACAAAAAUGACUAUUCUAUGCGGAUCUAAAACGAACUAUGAUCUUUAUGAAAGUAAAACAUUAUUGCCGAAUUGCGAGAAUUACAUGACUUACGCUAUCGGUGCGCCGAUCCAGACGGUAGCAAGUGAUAUCAAAGCGGGUAUCUGUUAUGAUCUCGAUUACUUUAAAUUGAAAUUUGUCAGUUUCGUAGCACAAUUGAAUGGCGAGGCCAUCGUCUUAGACGAGAAGAAGAACCGAAAUGAACUUUCCGUAGAUUUAGGUCAAAAGGUCAGAAGCCUCAAAACGUAUUUUCCAUUUAUGCGUCAAGAGACUUUUAAUGCGACCCGAGAUAAGCUGCGCAAAUCACAUACCCUUUUCGAUGCCUUCGAAUUCGACUUUACCAGUUUAUUGCAAGACGAACCGCUAAAGAGUCAACUGGAAAGUCACGCAUACAUUUUCAACACCAUGUGGUGGCGCCAACUGCGUCAACAUAACUGGCGCCACUUCCUCGAUGCCUUGAAGGAGCGCACACGCUCCGUAAAAUAUCUCGUACAUAUGGCCACUUACGGCAAUAUGACAGCACCUCCGGGUCGGGGAAAUUGCGAACCAGAAAUUGUGGCCAUUCACAAAGAUAGCAUAGCAAUCACGGCGCCUACGUAUAUUUGGGCCUAUUUGAAAUCUCCGUUUUCCGCAGACGAGGAGAAAAAUGACGAUAUUGUGGUCAUUGCACACAAUUCACCUUACGCGACGAAUCCAACGCACGAUGAGUUCUGUGAGUUGGACGUGUGUGACGAAAUUGAAUGGUUGAAAAAUAGCACAUUCGGGAAUUUGCGACGUCUACCAACACUGGGCUACAUGUUCUGCUGUCGCCCUGAAGAUGUGGCCCUCAUCAUUGAUUACUUUCCCAUACAGGAAGGUAAGAGUAAAACUACGAAGUCUGGAGAAUUAGAACAAACAAAUGCAAACAAAACGGUGGAACUAUCGUCUAGCAAUCCGAACUAAACACACAUUCCUUAAAAUUAUAAUAUAUUGGCUUAUGUAAUAUGUAAAUCAGAAAGUUUAUAAAAUAUACCUUCUUUGACUUUGAA